AUGCACUGCGAGGGACUCCAAGUCAGAGCCUGGCAUGAGGUGGAGUCUUGGGGGCCCUACGGAGGGCCAGAGGGGCCGCCCACAAUCCAUCCUCCCACCCCCUGCACCCCUUCUAGCUCCUCCCCUGCAUACUUCCACGCCUUCUUCUCCGGGCCUGACCUGGGCAGAGCACUGAUCUCCAGACUGGGGGAGAAAUGGAGAGCAGGGAAUCACCUACACACGUGUGGUGACCAGCUACCGGGUGUUGUCCCAGCCUCCCCAACAGCCCCUCUCGGCGCCCUGGGGAGGCCGGCCCGACCUUGGCCCUGCCGCCUCUGUGGCAGCCGAAGCUUCUCUGCACUUCAGUGUCCUCAUGGCAACGACAGCCUGUUCAGUGUGCCGCCUGGACUGCUGGCUCCCCCAGGACAGGUGCCAGGUCCGCGCUCAGCUAGCUACCCCGGAACCAGGCAGUUGGACAGAACCGCUCAUCCAGAAGGGGGCAAGAAGGACAGACAAGCAGACCUGUGUGAAGCGCCCAGCCCAGUGUCCAGCAAGCGAUUUUUCAUUAGUAAAGUAAGAAAACUGGAGGCAUCUCGCAGGAGCCCCGUGGCCACAGAAACACUGGAAACUUCUGGAAGGAAUCAGGCCAGAGCCUUUUUCUUGGCACGGACAUGGACUCUUAUGACAGCUGUUGGAAGUGGACAUCGUCUUCCCCAUUACAAAAAGGAAACGGAAGCUCAGAGAAGGCAAGCGAUUUGCUCAAGGUCACCCAGUCAGGCAGUUUUCAUCUCGGUGAGGGCUUGAACCCAGCACGGUGUGAUGCCAGCCAGACCUUUAGCUGACACUCUUCACUGCCGUGUUAAAAGCAGGCUAGGCCUGGAGCUGGAGCUGGUGGGGAGGACGAGGCUGGAAGGUGCAGACACACUUCAUGAGGUGGCUGUGACACUCAGCCCCUGGAUGCCCUUACUGGUGGUUAAACUGGGCAUAUUGCCCCUAAGAAGCAAACCAAGUGCCCCUGCUGCUCCCCAGCUGCUCUCACAUCUGGGGGUUGGGACAGGGUGUGCUGGCUCUUGCUGUAACGGCCACGGGACCCUUUAGGCACGAUGCGUGGUACCGUGCGUUUCCCACGUGGCCUGACCCUCAUGGGCAUUCCAGGCUGCACCAUUAGAGAGAGCCCCAAAUGCAGCCGGGGAGUUCUGGCCGCUCUCUGUUGCCUGGAAGCACUCCCCAGGGUCUGAGAGGGGCAGGAUGGUCCACAGGGUGGCAGGGCACAGGG